AGACUCAACAAAAAUUACUCAAUUUUUUUCCUAUUAUCGACUCUGUUUGAGCUCAAAUUUUAUUUUAUUUUUUGGUAUAUUAUAGUGUGUGCUCUGUGCUGUGUACACUUCUUUCCCUAUUAGAGUGUCAUCAACUCAUAUAGAACAAUGUUUUCAUGUCGAUACAGAUCCUUAAUUCACAAAUUAUAUUUUCCAUUUUCUCUUCAAAGAUCAAAUCUUGGAACCCCAUCAUCUCCAUUUUCAUCAUCUCAAAUCCAAAACUCAGAUUGGUUAAGCUCAAAUGAAGUUAUCAAGAUUUUUCAAAAUCUUAAAAACCCAAAUUCAGCUCUAACUCUACUCAAUCAAAUCUCAAAUCGAAAAGAUUACAGACCCAAUGAAGCCAUUUAUAGUGUAGUUGUUAAAAACUUAGCGAUUGCUAAGAAUUUUGAUGCAAUUGAAACCCUUAUGGAGAAAAUCAAAAUCGAAAGGAAAUGUAGACUUUCUGAUGAGUUUUUCUAUAAUGUUAUUAAGAUUUAUGGGAAUUUAGCUGGUAGAAUCAACAGAUCAAUCGAUACCCUUUUCGAUAUGCCUAAUUAUAAGUGUUUUCCCAGUGUGAAGACUUUCAAUUUUGUACUGAAUUUGCUUGUGAAUACUAAGCAAUUUGAUGUUGUUCAUAAGGUUUACGUUCGUGGUUCCGAGUUGGGUGUUGAGAUUGAUGCUUGUUGUUUGAAUAUAAUCAUUAAAGGGCUUUGUCGUUGUGGAGAGAUUGAUGCUGCAUAUAAGGUGUUUGAUGAAUUUCCUAAACAGAAUUGUUCACCCAAUGUUAGAACUUUUUCUACUAUAAUGCAUGCAUUAUGUGAUCAUGGUCGCGUUGAUGAGGCAUUGAGUUUGUUAGAUAGGAUGGAGAAUGAGAAUGUUGAACCAGAUGCCAUUGUGUUUAACACGUUGAUAUCGGGGCUGAGGAAGCAAAGGCGAGUUGACGAGGGGAUUGAUAUGUUCAAGAAAGUAAUGCUGAAAGGUUGUGAUCCGAAUCCAGGGACUUAUCAGGAGGUGUUGUAUGCUUUGCUUGAUGCUAAGAGGUUUUUGGAGGCGAAAGAUUUCAUGGCUGUAAUGAUCGGUAAGAGAGUGAAUCCAAGUUUCGAGUCUUAUAAGGUGAUAGUACAUGGCCUUUGUGAUGGUAAGCUUGUUGGAGAUUUAGAUUGGGUAUUGAAGCAAAUGGUGAGACAUGGAUUCGUUCCGAGGAUGGGUAUGUGGAAGAAGAUUCUUGGUUGCUUGUUUCCCGAUGGAGGUUGUUGUACUACUUGUACUUACAAUGAGAUUCUUGCAGACUAAGAUUAAGAAGUCUGAAUCUGAAUGCACAUCUGAAUAUACGGGACAAGUAUGUGGAGGAAGAUUCUUGAUUGCUUGUUUCCUGAUGAAGGUUGUUGUACUACUUCUACUUACAAUGAGAUUCUUGCAGACUAAGAUCUCUUAUCAAGAUUAAGACGUCUGAAUCUGAAUGCACAUCUGUGUAUACGGGACGAGUAUGUGGAGGAAGAUUCUUGGUUGCUUGUUUCUUGAUGGAGGUUGUUGUACUUCCUAUACUUACGAUGAUAUUCUUGCAGACUAAGAUCUCAUGAAGAUUAAGACGUCUGAAUCUGAAUGCACAUCUGAAUGUACAGGACGAGAAUGUGGAGGAAGAUUCAUGGUAAUUGCUUGUUUCUUGAUGGAGGUUGUUGUACUACUUGUACUUUACGAUGAGAUUCUUGCAGAUUAAGAUCUCAUUAAGAUUAAAACGUUUGAAUCUGAAUGCACACAUAUGAAUAUUAAGA